GCGCGUGAGUGAGAGGCAGCAAGCAGGCGGAGUGUGAGUCCUGCUGACACCACAAUAUUACUCAGACCCUCGAUUCAUACACAUUAAGGAUACAUUGGGAUUAUUAACAGUUCUCAUUUCACCAGUCCAGAUUCAUCAGCUUCUGUCCUCUUCGAUCAGGUGCUGGAGAGUCUCAGGGAGAACUGACGAACUGACGGUUUGGUGCAGUAGGGCGCAGAGGGGGGGCAGAGAGUCGAGCGCAUGAGGAGAGGGCGUCCCGAGACCCCCGUCUCCACCGCUCGCACACACACCUUCACGGACACACCGCAACUAGCAACCCUCCAGCCGCCAUGAGGUCUAUUCGGUCAUUCGGCAAUGAUGACCGUCACGUCAUGGCCAAACACUCCACCAUCUACCCUUCCUCAGAGGACUUGGAGGCGGUGCAGAGCCUCGUCUCCACCGUCGAGUGCGCCCUCAAACACGUGUCUGAUUGGAUGGACCAAUCUCAAGCCAGCCAAUCGAAUCCAACAAAUGCAUCCAGCACACAGGAGGACGAGACAGAACCCACCGUGGACGAAUCACCAGAAGGCAGCACAAACGAGGGAAGCAGCUGUAGCAGUGGUCCCAGUGAAGGAGGAGUGCUGUGUGGAGUCAUGAGGAUCGGUCUGGUGGCCAAAGGACUUCUGAUUAAAGAUGACAUGGACCUGGAGCUGGUGCUCAUGUGCAGAGAGAAUCCCACCAAGAGUUUGCUGUGCACCGUCUGUGAGCACCUACCACAGCAGAUCGAGAAGCUAACCGAGGAGAAGUAUGAGGUACAGCAGUGUAUUCCUGAGGCCGCCAUCUUGGUCUGCACCACAACAGAACCCAAGCUCACGCUGAAGGUGACGCUCACCUCUCCGCAGAUUAAAGACGACUGCGAGACCGAGGAGCAAGAGAGCGUUGAGUCGAGCGAGCCGGCGGACCUGUUGGAUAGACAGAGGUGCCUGGUGGCGUUGGCCUCUCUGCGACAUGCCAAAUGGUUCCAGGCUAGAGUUAACGGCCUGAAGUCGUGCGUGAUUGUCUUGCGGAUACUGAGGCACAUGUGUAAUAGAGUCCCGGCGUGGGAGCCUCUUAAAGGAUGGCCUUUGGAGUUAAUAUGCGAAAAAGCCAUUGCCACAUGUAACAGACCUCUGGGUGCAGGAGAGGCUCUGCGUCGGGUCAUGGAGUGUCUUGCCUCCGGGAUACUGCUUCCAGGUGGACCAGGAUUGCAUGAUCCCUGUGAGAAGGAGCCAACGAACACCCUGUCGGCCAUGACAGAUGAGGAGGCAGAGGCUAUUACAUCAAAUGCACAGCAUGCUUUGCGACUCAUGGCUUUUGGACAGAUCUAUAAGGUCUUGGAUAUGGAUCCUCUUCCCUCAAGUAAACCUUCACAGAAAUACCCCUGGUCAGAUAAAGAAGGUUUAGGGCUGAAGAGACCUUAUGAAGAUGGUCUGCUGGAUGACAAAGACCUCAUCAAAAAGAUGAAACGCAACCUGAGAAAAGCAGUUCUUGACAGUAAAGCAAUAGACUCCAAUCAGCCCAUGAACGCUCUGAUGCGCUUGAACCAGAUCCGGCCGGGGCUGCAGUAUAAACUGCUGUCUCAGUCAGGUCCGGUUCACGCCCCCGUCUUCACCAUGUCGGUAGACGUCGACGGCACUGUUUACGAAGCCUCUGGAUCCUCCAAGAAGACCGCCAAGCUGCACGUGGCCGUAAAGGUGCUACAGGCGAUGGGUUACCCUACAGGCUUCGACACAGACCUGGACUCCAUGAGCGCAGACGAGAAGUCAGACGGCGAGGGAAAGAGUGAAUCCUCCACACACUCAAGCAAUAACACAACACACUCCUCAGACAGCUCCAACACAUUGGAGGUACGAACUCAGGGUCCUAUUUUGACGGCCAGCGGGAAGAACCCGGUCAUGGAGCUGAAUGAGAAGCGGCGCGGGCUGAAAUACGAGCUCAUCUCAGAGAGUGGAGGAAGUCACGACAAACGAUUCGUCAUGGAGGUGGAAGUGGAUGGACAGAAGUUUCGCGGCGCAGGGCCCAAUAAGAAAGUAGCCAAAGCCAGCGCUGCUCUUGCAGCUCUAGAGAAACUCUUCUCUGGGCCCAAUGCUGCUGGCAACAAGAAGAAGAAAAUUAUCCCUCAGAGUAAAGGGGCAUUAGCUGCAGCCGCUGCUGUGUCUGCUGUUGCGGUUCAGGCUGCACGAGGGCGAGGAAGACCAGCUCUCACACGAGGAGCCUUCGUCAGUGCUGCAGCAGCACCAGGAUAUGUCACGCCAGGCUUCGGAGCCCCAUACGGGUACAGCGCAGCGGCCGCCACUCCUGCAUACGGUUUGCCCAAGAGAAUGCUUCUGUUGCCCGUCAUGAAAGUGCCCGCCUACCCUGUUCCCCACUACUCUUUCUUUUAGCUCAGGAGCCAAACACACACACACAAACACACACAUACACACAUAUAUAUAAGGGAAGGUCAGAUAGCACAGCACUAUUACAUGCAGGGACAGCUAUUAAAGGGACAGUUCAACACAAAAUGGAAAUUUACUUGCCCUGAGGUGGUUCCUAACCUAUGAGUUUCUUUUUACUGUGGAACACAAAAGAAGAUAUUUUGAAGAAUGUUGGUACCUAUUGAUUUCUAUAGUAAAAGCUAAUACUAUGGAAUUCAAUGAUUAUCACUUUAACAAGAAACUCCAAACAGGUUUUAAAAAAAUGUGGAGCAAGUAAAUGAUGAUGGAGUUUUCAUUUUUGAGUGAACUGUCCCUUUAAUAAGAGUAUUUGUAAAGUAAGUUUUAUUUGAUCAUCACCACGUUUAGUUUUAUUUUUCAUAUCUUCUUCUGGUUUUAAGCAAAUACAGCUUUUAUGUUCUUCAGAGAGAAAAACUUGAAGGAUUUGUACUGUGAAUUGUUACCUCAUUUAAAUUAUAUGGGCCUCUUUUUGUUAUCAUCAUGGUUGUGUUUUUUUCUUGUAGUUUUUGGGAAUAGGCUGUUAUGUCAGUGUAUGGAUAUCAGGAGCUGUGUUGAAGAUGUAUAGAUCUAAUACGAACUACUGCUAACAAAUAAAACCUUUAUCUUCAUGAAAUGUCAA